AUGCACCGACUUGCGGUAUCGGCCAAACGGAAGGUGCUUCUGAAUCCCAAAACAGUCGUCAUUUAUGUUUUUGCCAUCUUUUUCACAUUUCUACUCGCAUAUCAUCACCGAUUGUCUCAGGUAACUUUUCAAAUUUGGUCUCAACCGUUCUUUGACCGUUUCUUUGACAAAUGGAAAAAAAACGGAAAGAAAUGCAUCGCUCGCAGCGUUUUUUUCCGACCGGUCUCGCAGCGAUUUUCCGGACGCGAAGCAUGCCGCUACUGUGAGAGACGUUUUAUGAGUGGAUUUACGAGAAGGGGGGAAUUUUUUUCUAAUUUUUCAGCGAAAUUGCCACGUUUUCCCGCUAUUUUCAACCGAUUUUCAACGGAAUUUCAGUUCUUCUUUAUCUGUUAUGGUAACUGAUGCGAAAUUGCCACGUUUACCGCUAUUUCCGACCGAUUUCGCUUGAAUUCUUUUUGUUUUUUUGAUAAUUUCGAGUGCCUCGUCAUAUCGUUCAAAAUAUUGAGCUUUUCGGUGAAAAUCGGUUCAAAAUAGCGGGAAAACGUGGUAAUUUCGCUGAAAAAUUAGAACAAUUUUCGUAAAUCCAUUCAUAAAACGUCUCUCACAAUAGCCGCAUGCAUCGCGUCCGGGAAAUCGCUGCGAGACCCGCCGGAAAAAAACGCUGCGAGCGAUGCAUUUCUUUCUGUUUUUUUUUUCAUUUUUUGACAUCGUUGAAUAGGGAAAGAAACGGAAAACAAUCAUUUUUUCAUCCCCUGAAUAGCCCCAUAAUGGGGUUAUUCAGGCUGUGAAAAAAAAUGGUUUUUUUCCGUUUUUUUCGUUUUUUUACGUCAAAAAACCCAAUUCAGCGGUGUAAAAAAAACGAAAAAAACGGAAAACAAACAUACGCUGAAUAGCCCCAUAAGGCCUUAUAAACUUGCAACGCACUGUAUGAUCCUGUUUUUAGUGCACGACACCUUUAAUUUUCAGCACGAAAAUCGCCACGAAAUCCGCUCGCUUCGAAUAAUUCAAAUGCGGCUGAGAAAUGAUGAAUCGGAAAAAAAUGUGUCGAUGGUAUCUGAGAAAUCAACAACAUUUUUGGAAAAGUGCGAAAAUCCGCCAAAAGAAGCGAAAACCGAUUUUAAUGUGAGUUUUUCGGUUCAAUUCGGGAAGAACGAAUCCGAGUUCAUUUCAUUUAUUCACCCAGCUAAUGGAAAUAGUAGCGUUCUAGUCCUUUUUCUCGUUGGAGGCGGCGAAGGCGAAAAAGCAAAGUCCGCGAAAAAUGCGCCAAAACGUCAUUAAUUCUGUGAGAAUUAGUGUGUUUUCAUGUCGAACAAUCAUUUUUCAUCGCCUUUGACCACAAAAAUCAGAGAAAACCUGCUCAAUUCGUGAAACGGCCAUUUGGCCGAAGCCACGCCCAUAUUGACAGCUCUGGAGGGGUCAUGAAGACCUUUCGUUUCAGCCGAAGGGGUGCCUGUCGGUCUGUGAAGAACUGUCCGUGUUGAGUAAAGCCUGCUCCGAUGCUGGUUCGUCGAUCUUAUUCAGUAUUUUAAACUAUUUUUCCAAUUCAAAUAAAAUUUCCAAAUUAUCGAUUUUUCAGACGUUUGAUUUGUUUGAAAGUGUCGUCGUCGGAAACUCGAAGCCGUUGCCAGAAAAACGAAUAAAUCGGAAAAAGGAAAAAUUGAAAGUUUUUGUGCUUCCGUUCACACACGUGGAUCCAGGUAAUUUUUUGGGAAAAUGUCCAGACGUUUCUUAAAGUAUUCAGCUCAAUUCAGGUUGGCUGGAAACAUUUGAAAAUUACACAAAACGAACUAAUCAAAUUCUCGACAAUAUGCACAAUUUCAUGAUGAAAAACGAGAAAAUGCGGUUCAUGUGGGCGGAGUUUGUGUUUUUCGAGCGCUGGUGGUCAUUGCAGACGACAGAAGUGAAAGAAGACGUCAAAAAGUGA